UCUUUACUUAAUGCCAACCUGACAAAAUUAUUAAUUUAGUUGCCAGUUAACAACUGUUUCGAAGAGGUACUCUAUCUAGAUUAUAGUUCUAAAGUAACAUAAAUGAUUUGGGCAUUUCAAUUAUAAUGAAGAGAUUAGAAGAAGAAGAAUAUACAUGCUAAAAGACGAACUUUAAACCCUUGAAAACCACCCUUAGAGUUGAAAUAUCGCCAAAAUAUUUCUUGGUGAGCACCUAGGAUGUAUAAGAAAGAUAUAUUCCAAGUUUUGUUGCAAUCCAUCCAGUAGUUUUCCAGAAAUCGUGAUAAGUGAGUCAGUGAGAUGAGAAUUUUAUAAGUACAGAUUACGUUUCAUAGGAAGGUUUUCAUGGAAAGCAAAUUGUUAAAAUUUUCAAUAUGCCGCCAUUUUGUUUCUACAAAGGUUAGGGAGCUGACAUUUUUCCAGAAUAUUUUUAAAACCUACUUUGUAAACUGUGUAAAAUUAAAAAAAGUUCGGUGCAUGAAUGGGCACGAAAUAAGAAAUUAUAGUCCGUACAAAAUUACUUUUGACUUGAAGGACAUGCGCAGUAGAGAAAGUUUUCUAAUUUCCAGUGAAUGUACCAGUGCUCAAGAUACACAUACGGAACAUACACCGAUUGCGCCCAGCGGUCAAAUGGGAGUGAUACAUAGCUUUCAUACACAAGUACAUUGUUUACGUAGUUACGUCAUCACUGCUACUAACAUUAUUAUUUUGUCCUGCGCUCUCUCUCUCUGUCGAAGAGAUAACGGUAUUAUAUAGUUUCCAAUAACCAUCUGCUUUAUAACGACCAUUCGUCUAUUCGACUUCAAACGUGUUCAAUUGAUUUAUCUCCACUUGUGACGAAUUUUGAAAUCAUGAAUACAUGGGAUUUCCAGCUGACAGUAUGUUGAACCGUUCAAUGACCGGGAAUCCCCUGGUUUAUCAAAACCACACUACCCCAUCAACUUUCCGAUAAUCAGCACAUAUUGAAUCUUUUAAAUCUGUCACCAUGAGUGAGAAUAAGAACAGUGGUGAUAGGCUUGCUAGGCUGAGUGACCAAGGUUCAAAGUUAUCAGUGUUUGAAGGUUUCAAGUUUUCAAAAAAUACAUAAUAAUAAUAAUAAUAAUUUGUAUUUCCAUUAAGAUGUGUACGAAAGAACAAAAAACAAUAUUAUAUGAAAUAAUAUUAAUUACACUGUAUGAAUAGUUAAGUGAUACAAAAGUCUGUACAUAGCUAAUGUCGUGAAAAAAAAAACAAAAACAAAAUAUCACUUCUACACACACAAGCAUCUGAAAGAAAAUAAUUAGGUACUCCCGAGGCAAAGGCCUAUAUGGGAGUCCCAGCAUUAAAAAAUAAACCAGAAACAUACUUAUAAUUUGUACAUGAACAAAAAGAUUAUAAUAAACUGAGGUAAACUUAUGUAUUAUUUACAUUGAAAUAUUAAGAGCCGUUUGCACAGUCAAAGCUUAAACUCAAUUUAAUCAGCUGGUGGCUCAUACUAUCAAGUGCGUCUGAACUCUGAAUGUCGUAAUCGCUGACCGCCGGAGCCGGAAUAGGUACCGCUACGGCCGGAAGAUGGCAGCACUCUACGACUCCACUUACACUUCACUAACCUGUUUUCCUAUUACUCAACUCAAUCACCAUAAUAUAUAUCACCAAUCCACGGCCGGCAUUUCUGAAUGCUGGGUACGAGUUUAUUCAGAUAAUGAGCUAUUUAUUUGAUAAGCUUCAUCUCGUAUUUGUUACAUCUGUUUGUAAAUGUCUUGGGGAUUUCCAAUCAUUCCGAUUACAAUGAAUUUAAUUGUUAUUUCUUAUCACAACCAGUUCUUAUAACAGAUAAUGCUAUUAUAUAAAUAAUGAAUCUGUUUCAUUGAAUUAAUUUAUUUGUUCAAAUUUGAUUGUAGUAAGUCUCUUGUUUGUGAUUUUCCUAUUCAAAUAACUCUUGUUUCCGGAGUUUGUUUAGUGAGUGGUGGGUGAUGAGAUACUUAUUUGAGUGUUUUCUACAAUUUUUAUGAUGCUUACUCAACUCAUAGAGUGGUUGAGAUUGUGCGUCCUUGAUACGCAAUGUGAUGAAUGGAACAAAAGAAUCAGACGACACUGCAGUUGUAUCAUUUGGGACUACCUGGGAAGAUGCUUUCAGUAAGGCUACCAAGGAUCCCUUUGGUGUCAGGAAGUGGCUCGAUCAGAACAAACUUACUCUGAAUGUUGACAAAACUAAGUAUUUGCCUAUUUAUUUCAAAUCAAACAGUAGCCUAGUGCAGGAGAUCAUCAGGCUCCACUCAUGUGAUGACUAUCAGUCCCCUACGUGUGACUGUGGGGUAUUGAAGCGAGUGGAGCAGUACAGGUACCUUGGCGUUCUGAUUGACCACAAAUUAAGCUGGGAUCCACAAGCAGCUAUUUCACUCAAGCAGCGAGUGCGCAAAAUGAUAUAUAUGCCUUCAGACAGCUAAGAGAGGUCCUCCCUUUACAUCAACCUCAGGUGGCGUACUACGCAUAUAUCCAGUCAGUUCUUAUGUGUGGUAUGCUUGGGGUGGAGCCUCCUCGUUUGCCUUGGAGCCGGUGGCGGUGGCACAGCGAGCAAUCAUCAAAACAUGUCUUAGGCGAGACUAUCGCUAGAUCGCUACCCAUCUAAUCUUGUUUACCAAGAGUUUCAAGUUUUUAAUAUUAGACAGCUUUACAUACGAUUUUUAAUGAAUUACAUAUACUAAAACAACAAACACUUCAUUUUCAAUAAUUUAGUUCAUACUCAUAAUACAAGAAAUCUAAUAAACUUUUAUUUGGUUUUGCUCAUCCCCGACUCCUACAUAACUGCUUUAAAAUUAAUAGUUAAUACAUCUGUAUAUAUUGUAUAGAAACGUUCCCAAUCAUUUAAAACAGUCUGAAAAUUACAGUAUUAACACCUACAAGCAACAUUUGAGUAGAUGGUUAUUAGAAAUUGGCAGGGAUGCUGCAGACCAACUGAUUCAAUCCGCCUUCUUAUUCAGAACUUGAUCUCAUAGUGAAUUUGCAAUUUAUAAUGAGUAGUAUAGCCUUUAAAGUACUAUUUAAAUAUUUGUCUGUAUAUACUAAUAACCAGUAUGGAAUUUCAUUGUGUGCAAUUUAUAUUCUUGAUUUGCUGAUGUCCUGAUGAAUGUUAGUAGGUUCAAUUACAAUAGUUUUAAUUAUAAUAUGUACAAAACAUGAGAAUAUAAUCUCAAUCAACUUGAAAGAACUCACUCUGCACUCACAGACUCAAGUCUUUGUGGGGAGUAUUCAUUGACAUAAAUGUGUAAAUGAAUUUUAUAAAUUUGUAUUAUGUUUUGUGAAUAAAAAGCUAUUUGAUUUGAUUUUAUUUAUAACUCUAGUUGUAAUGAUCAUUUCAUAGAUUGAAAUUAUCAAAGAGAUCUUGACAUUCUAUAAUCAUCAGGUUUCUUUCCAAUUUUUAUUUGGCUUCAUUCUUUCUGAAAAGUAUACGAUUUUGGGGUUUUAAGUUUUCAAGUAUUCCCUGAAAUGAUAUGAAGCUUUUAUCAAAAUUGUUACUGUGAAUUGAUGGCACGUUAUAGUCCAAAUCUUGUGUUACUCCCCUUCAUAUUUUUCUCUCAUAUAAAAUUCAAUUGAUCACAGAGAUAUGAAUUACUACAACAAUAGUGGAGUUUUCAAACAACCGACUCUAUUCCGGGAACGUUGAUUGUACAGUAUCACAUUGAAACAUUGACAUAGAAUAACGAUAUUGUUUGUACGUCACAAGAACAGAAAGUAGGGUGCAAUCUGUAUUAUUCAUGUCUAUGCAUUAUUGAUGAAUAACCUCUUUACAUUAACCUUUUCAAUGUUAAUAAUAAAUUCAACAAAUACUUCAAAAGGAAAGUUUGAUACUGUAGAAAAUUAUUCUCAAUUCAUCAUUUUAAAUAACUUUUCAAUGGUUGUGACCUGUGACGCAUUGAUUCAUCAAUAUUGAAUCUUCUUUCAAUAUUUAUGUUUCACUUCACGUUAGCAAGCAUUGUGGAUACAGUAUCAUGAAGAUUUGAGUAUGUUUGAGCUGAACUCUUAAUUGACCGAACGAAGUGAGUUCUAAGAUUCAAGUCGACGGUUUGGCAUUUCUCUUAAUGUUUGAAUGUUUAAAUAUG